AUGCAGAGAAAGAACCAGAAAGCAGUUAAAAAAACAACAAUUACUGGAAUAACAGUCACAACAGAAUGGAAUGCUUCGUAUAUGACUCACAGGACUCACAGUCAGCCAAUCACGUGGGAGCUGCUGCCAAAGGAAAAACUCCAUGUUAAAAGUACGCAGUAAUUUAACAUACAGUAUACUUGAAUCCCUUCGACGGGAUGAGGUCCCGUUACUCGGUCCCUGCUCCUGCCAACCUAGCAGUUCGAAAGCACGUCAAAGUGCAAGUAAAUAAAUAGGUACCACUCCGGCGGGAAGGUAAACAGCAUUUCCGUGCGCUGCUCUGGUUCACCAGAAGUGGCUUAGUAAUGCUGACCACAUAACCUGGAAGCUGUACGCCGGCUGCCUCAGCCAAUAAAGCGAGAUGAGCGCCACAACCCCAGAGUCAUCCGCUACUGGACCUAAUGGUCAGGGGUCCCUUUACCUUUACCUUUUUAUGCUUUUGUAGUAGAACUUUCUUCCAUAUCUAUCCCCCACAUGUACUCAGUGCCUUCCCCAAAUCUGCACCAGAGUUCAGUGUUCACACAUUACAGUGAACUCAGGUACAAGCUGUCUCUACACAUGUACAAGAGCUCAUGUGAAAAAUUGUGCACUUGUUCAUUUACAUUGUGCACACAAGUGCACAGCCUAUAUGCUCACUAAACAUUGCAUGUGUAUUACUGUACAUGUGUACAACUCAACUAUUGUGUACAUAGAUACACAUACUGUAUGUUGUUAAAUGUAAUGGGUGAACACUUCUUAUAUGUGUUUUCAAUGGUGGUUUAAAACUCCAUAAGGAGGGACAGUUACCAAUCAAGGCAUUACCUCCAUUUUAGCCCCUCCCAGGAGAAUGUAUUCUGUGUAUUGAUUGGGGCAGAAGAUGAAAUAUUGAACCACUAGCUUUCUGUUGGUAAAAGUCAAAGAGAAUAUAAAUGUCCAAUCAUGUUGUUUUGAUUGACAGAGACAUAAACCAAUUGGAAUUUUCUUUCUUUUUUAAAUCUUCCCAGUGGGGUAUUUUUAUCCAGUUGAAUUCCAUGCAUCUGAAAAUAAAAUUCUAUACAGCAAGAGUUUUGUAAAAGUGGAAUGUUUACAGUAUAUUUCCCCAGGUUCCACAACAAUUUGCUAUUGCCUUAAUAUAAAUGGGAGAGUGUAGCAUUUGAUAGAUGGCUGAAUAGAUGACACAGUUUGAUAGAUCCUUGUUGGCCAGCUUCUUGGAAAGUUUAAAUUUGAUAAAACUUCCUUCAAACUCUUUCCAGCCCUACAAGAGCCCAAAAGGAUGAUAUUCACAAGUACAAUUGGAUUCCAGCUGGUAACAAAAGAACUAAAUCAGAAUUGA